CCAGCUGUUUGGGGCAACCUCAGUACCUCGGCAAAAAGCUAUUUCCUGCAUCAUAUGUAUCAGAGUUUCCCAGAGCUCUUGUUCUGCAAAGGUCACUGGAAAGUGCUGCGGAUUGCUACAAACAACUACUCACAAUGGCAUAGCAAAGCCCUCAAGAAGCAGAAGGCUACUAGUCGCUCAGGACAGGAUCGUUCUGCACAUGGACACCACCACCAUUCUUCAAAGAAUAUCGGAAAACGUGUCAUCUCACUGGCAGAUCGUGAAGAAGGUGCGCUUGAAUUGGCUCCGAAGAGAGUUCGGACUGAGUCUUCCACCCACCAUGAUGGUGAACAUCCGAGUAUGGAACUUGAUGAUGUUGAGGAUUGCCAUGGAUCUCAGGUGCGCCGUGUUCAAGUAAUCUGUUCUCUGACUCUCAUUUGCUUAGCUUCAAUUUCAGGGAGAUCUUUCUUCUAG